AUGUGCACGGUGUACACUAACGCUGGAUUCUCAGGCAUGUCAGGAUCGAAAGAGGAGGAGGAGGAUGACUAUGAGAACAUGACACCACCCUACAAAGACCUUCCUCCGAAGCCAGGUUCCGUGGCUCCACCACGGCCUCCACGGGCAGGAAAGAAAAUGAAGAACUCCUCACUUUCCUGCAAGUCCCAGGAGAUGGCAGGGCUAGAUCUCAGGCCUGUCUCCUGCACAGCUCUUCAGCUGGGGACUGAACUGGAAUCUUCUCCAUCGCAGCCACUCCCUGUCAUCACUUCAGUGCCCUGGAUCAACAAGAAGCCGGGAGCCCUGGAGCGCUGCUUGGAGGACAGACUCCUGGUGUGCCUUUCUAUGCUGCUGGUGGUCUCCCUGCUCCUGGCGUGUAUCAGCCUGGCUGUGACCCUGGUCAAGUACCAGGCAGUGGUAGAAGAACUGAGGAUGCUAACCUUUCAGCAGAUGAGCUGGCAAGCAAACGUGACUGGCAUGGCAGGGCUAGCUGGCCUGAAGAAGGACAUUGAGCGCAUCAAAGCUGACACUGACCAGUCCCUGGUGGAACUUCGGGGCUUAUUAGAUUAUAGCAAGAUCACCUGCCCGAAAGGCUGGCUCUCCUUUGAGGACAAGUGUUACUACUUCUCCCUAAGCACCAAGUCAUGGGAGGGAGCCCGGAAGUUCUGCCUGGAGAACUAUUCUCACCUGGUCAUCAUCAAUAGCUAUGCAGAGCAGCUGGAGUUCAAUUUCUGGAACCGCAACGAACCCAACAACAACCACAAAGAGGACUGUGGUAGCAUGAACACAGAUCGGACGUGGAAUGACCUUCCUUGUGAGCAGACUGCCUACUGGGUCUGCGAACGGAAAUGCUCCUGCUGAGACUCAGGCGGAGACUGGGGUGAUACUCAGCACCCCUCAACUCAUAGGGAUGAGUACCCCUGCUCCUCCGCAGAGGCCCUGCCUCCUCAUAGACAUGGAUGUAACCCAAUUGGAUCCAGAGCGUGGCUAUAGCAAGUCACCGAGAUGCAAGUUGGACCAUUUGAGCUCCCCCAGAUGGAUGGCAGAUGCCCAGGGCUUGAUGGUCUCCCAGUCUGGGUCUGGUGGGCAUCCACCAGGUUUCUUCUCAUGGUCCUCAGGAACUGGUGGAGGUUCCAGGUCUGAGAUUGCACUCUGGACGGAGACACUCGGGGUCCUCUGACCCAGGAUGAACUGGGGCUCGGUGGCUGACCAGUGUGAACCAGCUUCUGGGAAGUCAGUUGGGACAAAGUUCGUGGCAGGCAAUUUUCUUGGUGAGGUUCGCUCAAGCCAAGUGAUGAAAGCUGACUUCUGCUGAGCUCUGACCUUUAGAAAGUCGAGAAAGGCAGCCCAGAUCAGAGCGAAGUUCAUGGUCAGGUCUAUAGGGCAAGUGUGGCCUCUGCACGUUGGUCCUCUCAAGUUGUGUGUGGGUGGUAAAGCUCCUUGAUAUGAUUGUCCAUUUUACUUCUGUGUGGACGCUCUUGGACUGUUAGCCCUUGCAAUGCGUGUGCACCUCAGAUGCCACUUCAUCGUAUGGAAGAGUUCUGGUCGUGUCAGGAUGCUUAGAGUCCUUGGCCCUUGCUCACUAAAUGCCAGGAGUACCCCACCCCUACCAUCAUGACAACCGACACAUGCAUCCCUCGAGGGCCAGUAGGGCCCCUAGCUGAGCACAACUCAAGUGCAUGUGCUCCAAACAGUUUCGUAUUUACCAGGUGUCCUUGACCAAGACCAGAGCCCUUCUUGUUUGGAAGGAAAGAUGAUUGUGGCGAGGUGGCUCUGGGAAAAGGAGGUUGUGGGGGAAAUUGGAGGACCACUUCCCCUUUGCUUUCUCUCUUUCGGCCUUGACCUCUUCAUGAACCACCCAACCCCAACGGGCACAGUCCGCCCACAGCCUGCAGAGUGGGUGGGAAUCUUGCUCUGUGCCCUGCAUCCAGGAGAGCUUUGGCUUGAGUGACUGCUUCUUUGGGGCUAGAGGAAGUUUUCACACCUCAGAAAAAGAAACUUCCCUAUCCUGCAAUCGGUGUGGUGUGAAAUGAGGAAGCAGGGCCUGGCAGUCACACGUAUGAGUCACCCAGGGGGCCCGUGAUGGAGCCAGCUCCAACCUACCUUACUUCCACAUCUCUUAUGAUCAUCUGCUUGAAGACAGGGAGGUAAACAUGAAAAAAGCCUCCUUUGAACCACUUUGGGUCCAGGGUAACAAAUAUUGGAUGCUUUUGCUAAGAAAAAGAAUACCCAUCGUUUAUCGACCAUGUACUGCUAGAUGCUCCAACCUUGUGAGGUUGGAAUGAUCAUAAACCCCCUUUUACAGCUGGGAUCUUAUGGUUUGUCUGCGUUAGUCAGUGGGAAAACGGCAGAGCUGGGAUUGGGCCCUACCUCCCUUCAAUGGUUUGUCUCUCUGCAGCACCCGUGGCCUCCAAGAGGUGAUUUGUAAACUUCAAUUUUUCCUGAGGGCUGACCUUGCAACUCUGGUCUCCUCCACUUAUUAUGGGAGAAGUGCGAUGUGGUAAUUGUGAUGAAAACAAUCAUGUAUUGACUCCCACUCUCUCUACAUAAAAAGUUUGCUGUGUUUCCAUCAGGUUAAGGGACAAUUAGCUGAGUUGUUAAUUGUGUGGUUCCCUUGGGGCUAUUGUGAUAAUCCAAGAGAGUAAAGACACAGGCUUGGGUUAGGGGCUGUGGAGAUAAGAAUAAUCCUGCAUCUAUUUCAGUGGCUCUCAACCUUCCUAAUGCCUCCACUCUUUCAUACACUUCCUCUUGUUGUGGU